UACAGCUCGCGAAAGAUGUACGGUGAGAAGCUGCAGUUUGAGCUCAAUGACCGUGCGCAGAAGCACGGUUUCCAGAGCAAAUGGUGGCUCACGAGGGCACAGGCGAUUAAGAACUCCCUUACUUUUAAGGGAGGCGCGCGUAGUUCCAUCAUCCUUACAAAAAGUUCGCUUAAACUGUUUCACUCCAGCCAACUGAUUGGUGGAGAGGCUCUGAUGACACACCCAGUCUCUGGCGGAUCGAGGAAGUUGUACAGCAAAAAGGGCGAAGCUUUUCAAAUUCUUUCGGAUUAUAUCCGUCAGAAUAAGUUCAACAGUGGUCUUUACUUUACAAAUCGCCAGCUGGAAUUUUUUAAGCUUGCCGUGCAGCCAAGCCAGACACCGGUGUCACUAGACGUCACAUCAGGGGAUCGGUAUCUAAUCUAUAACGUGGAGCAGCUUGAAGAUCCGGAGCUGGCGCUCAAGACGCUGGAUCGUUCCCCUGUUAAUAUUCCAACGUUUCUUCUUUCUGGGGAACCCAUUCAAAAUGAGAGUUUGAAGAAGCUUCCAAAGUUCAAGAGCAAUUACUGGCUGAGUGGUCGCGAUGCGGAGUUGUAUCAGUGGCCUAUCAGGGAGAACGAGAAGAAGAAGGGAGUACCACUGAAAAAUGAGGGCAGUGCUUCGCUUCAGGUUGAGCUGUAUAAUGUGGAGCAGCUUAGCAACCCAGAAGAGGCUUUUGCAAAGGCCGGUCUCUUUGUUCAGUAA